GCGGCAGUGCAGGGAGAGACUCCCAUGGUGUGUGACGGAGGCCGCUAUGGCCGUUGAUAACCGCUCAGCCUCGGCCCUUUUUAAGAGGGCCGAGCAGUUAAGGCGUUGGCAGGAGAGUGAAACAAAUAAAACAGAGAUUAUUGAUAAUAAUAGGCCUAGGAAAGUGAAUUUUAGUGAUGGCUGCAUCUUUUUAGCAGCGUGUGCUGCAGGGGACAAGCAAGAAGUGUUGCGGCUCUUGGAGAAGGGGGCCGACAUAGACACAGCCAAUGUGGACGGCUUGACGGCGCUUCAUGCGGCAUGUAUAGACGACAAUUUAGACAUGGUGGAGUUCCUGGUGGACCAAGGGGCGGACGUCAAUCGGGGGGACAUGGAGGGGUGGACGGCGCUACACGCCACCGCCUCCUGCGGGUUCAACAGUAUAGCCAAGUUCCUAAUAGACCGGGGAGCAGAUCUCUCCUUAGUGAACAACGAUGGUGACCUAGCCAUCGAUAUAGCAGAUUCAGAUGAAAUGGAAAGUUUAUUACAACGAGAAAUAGAAACUAGGGGAAUUGAUUGUGAUGCUUCUCGAAAUGAAGAGGAGCGGCGAAUGCUAGAAGAUGCUCAGAUGUGGCUUGGUGCUGGUUACCUUGCUGACAGACCUCACCCAAAGACUGGGGCUACGGCACUUCAUGUAGCAUCAGCAAAAGGUUACAUCAAAGUUAUGAGUUUAUUGUUAGAGGCCGGAAGUGAUAUCAAUGCUCAGGACCUUGAUGGAUGGACACCUCUCCAUGCUGCUGCACAUUGGGGUCAGAGGGAAGCUGUAGAAAUCUUAGCAGAAAAUAUGGCUGAUAUGGAUGUUCGGAAUUUUGUGGGUCAGAGUGCAUUUGAUGUUGCAGAUAACAGUUUAUUACGUCUUAUGGAUGAGCUCAAGAGAAAACAGGUUUCUAUGAAAGUAAACCAAAAUAAACAGACCCCGAGAAAGCGCAAAACCUCCCCCCACCGAGAACAUAGUAAUAAGAAGGAGCGCGAAGACCAGAAGGAGUCUGAUGGUACGUCUGGUGAUGAGUCCUCAUCUGAUGUGGAUGAUGAGGAGAGUAGUGAGGACACUUCCAGUAGUGACAGUAGUGACUCAUCAGAAUCUGAAACUGAUAGUGACGAUGAUGAUGAUGAGGAUGAGGAUGAGGAGGAUGAAGAUAAUGAUGAGACCCGUGAUCUCUUGAAGGAUCAUGGAAAUAAUUCUAUUAGUAGCUAUCGUGUGCUUAGCCCAGUGGGAUUUUUAGUUGGUAAGUCAAACUAUGAAAAAUAUGAAAGAAUCUUUUCAAAAAUCAAGGUGAAAACAAGCCUAAAUGGUAACCAAAAAGAAGAAGUAUCUCGCAACAUAUCCACGCAACCACGGCUGAGCACCAGAGAAUCGGAAGACAUACUAACAGGGAAGAGAGCCCCAGAGAAGGAUGAAAGCUCUCUGAGCGUCACCCGAGAGAGACUCAAGGCGCGGUCAUGCCCAGCUCUAAGUCAGUUGGAGGAGGAGGAAGGAAGGGAAGGAGGAGGAGGAGGAGGGGGGGCGCAGGUGUUUCCCCGACCCCGCUCACGCCUGGGAGUGAUAACCUCCUCUUCCACCUUGUCGUCACCCUCAUCCUUAGCCAUGUCGCAGCGCCUGUCAUCCUCAGACAUGAACCUUCCUACUGUUCCAAAUAACCCUAGUUCUUCCAAACCUCACAUAUCCAUAACCAAUACCCAGUUGCCGAACCCUGCCUUUGAGGCAUUUGUUCCCAACCUUAGCCCAGUGUCCUCUCCUGUGAAAACUCCUGCAGAUAUCACCAUCACACCUCCACCACCCAUUUCUGAUAUACCUACAGUUAAAAAUACUAAUAUUAAUAAGAAUGUAAAUACAAUAUCAUCAACAGAAACAUGUAAUUUAUCCACCUCUGUAGCAGAUACAUCAGUAUCAGUAACACCUCAUCCAGUCAUAUCAUCUUCCACAAGUCCAACCAGCACAGUCACCAACAAUACGACAUCCACUUUAAGUCCCACUCCAACUUCAAGUCCGACUCACAGGCCUUUGGGACAGUCACUCUCAACCCCAAUAUUACCAGGCUCAUCCCCAUUAUUACCAUCUGCGCCAUCUGUGUUAACCCCCUCCUCCUCCAUGGUUACUACCUCCACCUCCACCACCACCAUCACCACCGCUGGCCUGGCCUCUCUCUCUACUAACCAAACUACUAACAACAAGGACCCCCGGCUGCUGGCACGGUCCGCAUCCCUGAGAGAAAGAAUUCAGAGGAAUCAUGUGGACAGCAUGGCGCGUGUCACUCUGCCUCAGGAGCCCAACGUGUCCACCAGCUCAGUUGUCACCACCAAUGCUUCACCUCCUGCGCGCACCAUAGGAAGCAACGUCACCACUCUUACAACUAAUGGGGGACUGAAUGCUAUCCCUCCACCCCCCAAAAAUGCCCCAACUCUUGCCAUCCCCCCCAAACAACCCAACCAGAACCAGCUCCCCUCCCCCACUUCCCCUACAUCCCCACCCCUCUCCUCUCCCACAUCCUCAGCCUCCUCUGCCAUCACAUCCCCAGCAGCCUCCACCUCCACCUCCUCUUCUCCUCCUCCUCCUUCUCCUUCCACAGCCUCUGUAGCUUCCCCUCAGCCACUUACCAAUGCUCAGCAACAGUCCCCCUCGGCAUCCAAAAUGAGUCCGAGCAGUGUGAUUAAGAAUUUCUUCAAGUCGUUUGUGCCGCCGAGUCGUGAUGAGGAGAGUGAGACUCAGAGGAAGGCCCACGCCAAGAUGGUGCGAUCGACUCGAAGGUCCACGCAGGGAGUUACCCUAGAAGAUAUCAAAUCUGCCGAGCAGCUCAUGAAGAACAAGCAGCAACAGCAGCUUCAGCAGCAGGCGUCUACAUCUAGUCCAGAGUCCAAGGAAUCACCGUCCUCCACUCUCACUGUGUCCACCCCCACCACACAAGGCACACCCACAACUACCCCAUCUUCACCCUCAUCCAAGCCAAAGCCCGAGUCACCCACCAAACCCGAAGAAGAGGAGCGUCGGCCUUCCUGGAGGCUGAAGGUGGAUGAGACUGAUAAGAAUAAGUUUUCAUUGGAAAAUGUUCGAUCAAAAGACAAACCGGAAGUUGAAAAUGAUGCAGAAUCAGUCACAGUUCCACUACGUAAAAAGAAUUCUGAAGAGAAAGCAGAUGAAGAUAAAGAUAGCGAACGCGUUUCACAAACGCGGGAGGGCACCCAGGCUGCAAUCCAACGACGGAAAAAACCCAAGAGGCGCUCCACGGGCAGGGUGCAAGUCAACAUGGAUGAGAUUGACCCUGAGAAGAGAGCACAGCGCUUGGCCGAGCAACAGCAACAGCCAGGCGAUGAAGGCAGCGAGGAGGAGGAGGAAGAGAAAGAUUCGGUAAGUGACGAUUUGGCUGAUGGCGUCCCCGGUACCGAGGUAACGCUCAGAUCUGUCAGCGAGCGAGGGGAGGCAUCCAAAGGAUCGACCACAUCUCUGGGAUCGACUAUCAAUAGUCGUCCUUCGUCAAGGGCUCCUUCCCUUGGGCCAGAGAAUGGCGACAUCGAUUACAAGAAGUUGUAUGAGGAACAGCUGGAAGAAAACUUCAGAGUUCAUGAACGCCUUCGAGACACAGAGUCUGAGCUGCGGCAAACACGAGAAGCAAUUGAUCUCAACAAUAAGAAGAACAACACACGUCUUGCGAUGGCCGAGGCGGACAAGCGGGAGAAGCGAGCCCUUGAACGCAAACUCUCGGAGAUGGAAGAAGAGUUGAAGCAAUUGCAAAAACUUAAGGCCGAAAAUGAAAAGUUGAAGGCUGAAAACCGAGCCUUGACUCGGGUGGUGUCCAAAUUGACCAAUUCAGCCACAUCGGGCAUGGGUAACUUGGCCACCUUGAGCAAAUAGUUGCUGGAACAACUGAAGCAGGAGAAUCAGCGUUUGAAGGAUGAAAAUGGGGCACUCAUCCGCGUGAUCAGCAAACUGUCAAAGUAGUGAACACUCAGCUGUGAAUGUUGCUGCAGAAGGAUGCUGCAGAUGAUUUGGUCUUCUGAUGAGAACCCCUCAAGCUGCAACCCAGUUGUUACAUAACUCUAGAGGAACUCUUUGGAUGUUCUAAAGCUUUCCUGCAAAACUGUGGGUGACUGUCAAGUCUUGCUGGGUGUUCUUCUUGCUAUUUAAGAAGUCCUAGUAGCUAUUCAAUAAGCUGGCUCACUGCCCAUGGCAUAUUCUAGGCUUAUCCAGUCACCAGAGUCUAGUGCCCAAGUAAAUGUUGUCACUGUGUGUAGGCCCAGUAUAUAUGGUGUAGGUGUUCAUACUGUGCCUCGUUAAUUGGCUGGUUUUAGUCUCAAAGCCUGAUGAAACAUUGUUAAUCUGAGAAUCAUGUUCCCUCAAAAACAAAAAUAAAUAGUAAUAAUAAUAAUAAUAAUAAUAAUAAUGAUAAUAGUAAAGUUAUAUAUUGUUAAGUACUUAAAGUAUUGAUUGUUAUAAUGUGUUAGAAAUGUUAAUGCAUUUACAAUGCCAUUAUUAGUUGUUACAGGAAUCAAGCACUUUGGAAUAAUGAUGUCCAGAUUAAAGAGUUUCACUACAUAAUAGUUGCUCCUGAUGAUAGUGAUAGACAGGGAGAAGUUAGAGAGUGUAUACCUUUUAUGCCUAGUGGAUGCUGGCUGAGACAAAGUAACUAAUGAAGAGUCUCACUGCCAGGCUGAGAUGUGAAACUUUAUGUAAAGGAGUUCAGCCAUUGGAAGGGUUUCACCACGUCAAAACAACUCUUUUUGUAAGUGAAUUUGAGUCAGAAUAACUGCAUUGUGAUGGCUCAGGCUCACAGUUCAUGUCAUAAAGACAUGCUUGUUGUCCUUGUAACUUAGGACUGGUGUCCCAGCGGGCUAGACGAGUAGUCUGACUUGCAUGGAAAGAAUCCCAAUGACACACUCGGCCAGUGGCUCCACCUUUCCCCAAAGCCAAGUAAAACGGAAAUUUAAAGUAUAUUUGUGUGUUUUGCUCUUGUUGUCUAAGCUUCACAUUUUCCACAAACUUUCCUAGUACUUUCAUUAUUUUUAUUUUUUAUUUUAUUUUUUCUUUUGUAAUUACAAAUACACUUUUAGUAUUGUCAGAACGUACCAGUAGCCAUUGAUUGGCUUAAAAGGAUGAACCUUUGUUGUCUGAGACCCAACACAUCAAUGGCCAAGGCCAGUUCUGCUUUAGCUCUGUGUCCUACAGUCAGUAUUUGCUUGUACAGUGCCCAUGCUGGAUGUGUGGAAGAUCUGCUGUACAUUUGAGCAGUGAUGUGUGAUUUGAGAAUUGUAACCACUUGAUAAGUAAUUGGUGUAUAUAUUAUUAAAACUGGCCUUGUCAGUCACCAAAGCUACAAGCCAGAUUGCUCUUUACUUAAAUGUUUAGCUUAUGCAUUUUCAAAAGUCAUGGUUACAAUCCUCAGGAACUUAACUGAAAAGCAAUGCUAAAAGGCACAGAAAUUCACUCAGUGCUGGAUGUAGAUUUGAACGUAAACCAGAAAUCUUGUUGAUAACCAUGUAUAUUCAAAGGUGUACAUAGAAAUGUCAAAUCCAUAGCAUAAAUGCAAUCAUGAUUAUAUAUAUUAUGUAAUGAAACAUUGACCUUAAUAAUAUUUUCUCACAUAAUACCAGGUUUGCAUUAAGGCUCUGUCAAGUGGAGAGCAUUUGUAUCUUUUCUUUUUUCCACCUUUAUGGUGUUCACGGUAAUGUUUUUUGUUUUAGCCUUUUUUUUUUCAUAAAAGUUGACAAAAGUCUUGAUUCUCAGUUCAAAUUUUCUUUACCAGGUCAUUGACUUCCACUUCAAGAAAAGUCUGGUGAAGAAAUUAUAUAAAAAUAUAUAUAUAUAAUCUAUUUAUUUUUUGUUAUUUAUUCUCAUUGCUUGAAAGUAUCUUCAAUCUGCUAAAUAAGAUGAAGUGUAACUGUGAUUUGAGAACAGUUAUAAAAUCAAGAAUAAGGUUGCCCAUGUUUUGCCAACAUGGUAAUUUUCCUUUAUCAUAUAGAAAAAACACACAAAUAACAGUGUAAUUGAUUUUCAUACUGCUAUGUAAAUGGUUAAUAUCUUCUGUAAGAUUUUCCCUAUUGAAAAUUCUAAAUGCUAAAACUGCUAUGAUUGUGAACCAAGUGUAGUAAUAUACAUUUUGCAAAAUGAUUGGAUCUUCUAUUACUCAGAUGGGUAAAGAAAAAAACUUAUUUUUUUUACCUCUUCAAUUUUCUUUAGUUUUCUUUACUGUGUUAAAACAUGAUAUUAUGUAGUGUUUAUUGAACAAAAUAAUUAAUCUCAAGUUGGUCAUGAUUUGCUGCACAUCACCAAAGCAAUAAAGCAAUAAUGCUCUAACAGGAUUCUUGUUUUAAAAGGAAAUGCAUUAUAUGAAUUGGCUUCAUCUUCUUCCAAUCUUUUGUGACAGAUACACUUUUCUUUAGGUCAUAUUUAUGCUCUCUUAUGGUGAUUGUCAGCAAUAAUUGCAGAAAACAGCAGAUUAAGAUCUCUGCAAGUGCCUUAACUGAAAGCAGAUGUUACCAUGUAUAUAUUAUUUUUAUGAUUGAUUUGAGUGUUAGUUUAUCAUUUCCAGUUGAGAAAUCAAUAACAUCUGUUACUUUUUUUCUAUGAUAACUAAUAACGAGCCACAAAAACAUAAGGAGAAGGUCUAAUAAAUGUCAUCGUAGUCAUAUAAUAAUUGCCUGAUGAGAUUCUGUGCCUUUGUUGAUAGAUUGAACAUGAGCUCAUUUGAGUAUGUGAAGACUUGCCUUUGUAUGCGCUGUUGUAAUCUAGAAAGUGUAAAAUAGCUUGCUGUAAACAUGCCUCUUUUGUAAAGCAAAAAGUGUAAACUGACACAAAGGUUAGUUUGAGAUAAAAAAAAAAUAACAAAAAAAAAAAUCAACUAUCAUAUAUGUUAAUUUUUAUAAUCACUUAGAUUAUGCCAUGAUUAUUUAUGCAUGCUGGUCAUUGAAGAACAGAAGCAUUGGUAGCAGAUGAAUUUGGUAUUAUUCUUUGGCCUUGUGCAUUAAUAAUGUUGGUAUGAUUACCAAGUGAAAAUUUUGUAGAAAAGCCUAGUCAAAGACAGAUUACCUUUGUAGGCUUAAAUAUGUAUCGAACACAAGUUGCUUCAGAUUAUUUGAAUCUAUUGAACUUUCUCCAUAAAAUUAAUUACACUCCAUACAGAUUCUUAAUGAUAUUUAAUAGUGUGUUUUUUCAUGACAGUGCAUAAAUUAUAUCAAGUGCCUUUCUCUUGUAAUUAUUGUAUGUGAAGGAAUAGUGAUUUAAUUAUUCAGUUAUUGUUCUGCAGGUCAUUAUAAACCAUUUGUAAGAUUAUCAUGCAUUGGUCUUGCCACAUUGUAUGUAAUUAUUUGCAAUAGAUGGUAGUCAUUUUUCUGAAAUCUUACAUAAUUAUAAUAAAUAUUUAAGAAAAUAAAGAUAUUUUAUAGUUA